AUGCAUAUGGUGCGGGUGAGUAUGGAGCAGAUCCACCAACAGCAAAAGAUGCUCCGGGAAACUUUUCAGAGGCUCUGGUCGGAUGACGUGCCCAUCGAAGGCGAUGUCAGCGUGGAGGCGGUUUUGGAUAAGCUGCGGGGCAAGUUGGGUGGCGAUGGGAUGGCGGAAUUGCAUCAUCUCAGGGCCGAAAAAGCUAGCCUGCGUGAGCAGUUGGACUCCAAGACGCUCGAACUGGAGCUCAAGACGGAGGAUUUAGAGUCACUGCGCCAGCAUUCUAUUUUUAUGUUUGCCCAACAAGCGGCUCGCCUGGAUGUGGAUACCGAGAACCUCAAAACCCGAACUCAGAGGGUGCUGAUGGAGGCGACAUUGGACGUGUCAGGGAUGAAGAAGGAACUCAUGCAGCGCAUCGAUAUCGCCUCGGCGUAUCUUCGGACGCCGCAGUACGGAACGGCUUUGCGGUCUAUGCAGAUAUUGACAGAGCAGACGCAGAAGGAAAUACAACAACAUCAUGAUACCCUCUCCGAGCUAGUCAUGUCGAUUGAAGCCAAAAAAAAUCUCGCGAAAUUUAUAAGCGCAACCAUGCACAGCAAAAUUCCUUCGAUAUACCGCAAAAAACUGCGGCAGAUGAAUAAUGAUAAAUUAUUGAACAUUCUUGAUGUAUUAAGCUUUCAGGAAGGUGUUGUAGAUUGUAUAGGAAAGGUACUUUACGCACUGGAAGAAUCUGAACACCAAACAGCUGUGUUUUGA